AUGAAGACGAAACAACCGCGUAAAGACGAUUUUUUACGCACCAUAGCAACAGUAUUCAGAGCGGCACGCUGGUUUGGAAUUCCUUCGCAGGGAGGAAUGACGACAAUGUCUGUAUCUUUGAUCAUACUCCUGAUGCUUUUGGCGUUAGAAGUGACCGCAAUUUGGAAACUCGCAAGGGCUUUUGGUGGGUGGGAUGCUGUAAAAGGGAGUGUGAUCGCACGGUUAUCCGGUGCUAUAUUCUAUGGAAAUGCUUUAUUUUCGCAAAUACUAACAUGGAAAUUCAUAACAUCUUGGCAAGACUUAAGUUAUCAUUGGGUGAGAGCUGAAAGAGCAUUAGCAGUUCCUUUAUCGCAAGAUGAUGAUACCAUACGGAAAAAGAUGAUCAUUACAACAAGUGUUGUUUCUGUCUGCGCUUUUGUGGAACACGUGUUAAGUAUGAUGGCAGCGACAGGUUUUGAUUGCUCGCCCGAGGAAUAUUUUGAACGAUACAUUUUGAGCUCACAUGGAUUUUUGCUUAAUUCAUAUGAAUACAAUUUGUUCUUGGGUGUACCCAUAUUCUUACUCAGUAAACUUGCCACUAUCAUGUGGAACUUUCAGGAUUUGAUCAUUAUUCUUGUUAGCAUGGGGUUGACUUCAAAGUAUCGCAGAUUGAAUUGGAAAACGUAUUCUACUAUAAAAACAGUAAAACGCAACAAAUGUAACCAAAGCGUUACAAAGAAGUUUGAAGGUAAAUCAUUCUCGCAAGUGCAAACGUGGCGCCGGCUUAGGCAGGCGUACGUCCAGCAGGCGGCGCUGGUGCGCAGGGUUGGCGAUAAACUCGGCGCUUUGAUCCUGCUUUCAAAUUUGAACAACUUGUAUUUCAUUUGCUUGCAACUUUUUCUUGGGAUAAACAACGAACAAGGACCACCGAUAAAUAGGAUUUACUAUAUGUUAUCUCUGAGUUGGUUAAUAUCAAGAGCCUGCGGUGUAGUCCUAGCGGCAGCCGAUAUUCAGAUACAUUCGCAAAGCGUCUUACCUCUCCUGCAAACAACGUGCCACGGUAUUUUCAAUGUUGAGGUUGACAGGCUGAAAACUCAGCUGAAGUUUGAUUGGGUGACGUUGCAAGGAAUGGGUCUAUUUUCCCUAGAUAGAACACUAUUACUGAAAGUGGCAGCUGCUAUUAUUAAAUACGAAUUAAUAUUAAUUCAGUUUGAUAAUUAGUCAAACAGGAGGAUAUUAUAACUGCAAGUAAGGGAAGAGAAACAAAAUUUACUUAAGC